AUAUGCUGUUAAAGCUAUUCCCAGAAAGCUGGAUAAAGUUUACGAAAUACACAAUACAUACAAAUAAAACAACAAAACAUUCAGCUACUGGCCACAGUAAUUGUCGGGCAGUCAGAGAAACAAUCCGUGGCGGAAUCAGAGUCGGAGAUAUCCUUCAUAUUGGCAGCGGCAGCGGCAGAACUGCAACUGCAACAGCAUUUGCAACCAUGGCCCAUAGCCGUGCGAUGAAACUGCGUCGCGAAAGGCGUCAUUUGGCUGCCUUUGACUUUGAUCACACAAUUGUGGCCCAAAACACGGAUACCGUGGUCAGGGAUUUGCUGCCAGCCGAUGUAAUCGCUUCCAAGGAUCUCAAUGAGCUGGUCGAGAACGAUUGCUGGACCGAAUACAUGGCCGAGGUGUUUCGGCUCCUGCACAAGCAACAAGUCUCAGAAUCACGUAUACGUGAUACCAUUCGCGGCAUUCCGGAGGUUCCUGGCUUUGUGCGUCUCAUCAAGCAUCUGCAUAAGAAACUGCACUUUGAUCUGAUUAUCAUCAGUGACUCGAAUAGCGUCUUUAUUGACGAAUGGCUAGUAUCGCACAAUUUGGCCGAUUGCAUUAAGGCCGUGUUCACCAAUCCCGCCCAUUUUGAUGAGACCAGCGGCCAAUUGAAUGUCAGUCCACAUCAUCGUCAGACUGAUUGUAAGCUAAGUGCCAGUAAUUUGUGCAAGGGACGUGUCCUAGAGCAUUUUGUCAUUGAGCAGGAUUUGCGUAAUAAUAUACGAUACGAUCAUGUCUUCUAUGUGGGCGAUGGCAACAAUGAUAUCUGUCCAGUGCUCCGUCAGAGGGCCUGCGAUUUUGCUUGUGCCCGUCAGGGAUUUGCCAUGGAGAAACAUUUGCUAAGAAAUCGCAACAAAUUGAAGCUACGUCCCGAAUUGUUAAUAUGGCGCAACGGUUUUGAUCUAAUGGAACAGAUAUUGGCAUUGCCACAACUUAAGGAAUUAAUUGAAAGUGGAACACCAGCAGCAGCACCACCACCACCAGGAGUAGCAGCUAAAGAUGUUGAUGCAAUUGCCGAUGGUGGCGAAGAAGCAGCUGGAGGAGCACGACGCGCCUCCGCUGUUACCCCAAGUAAUUCAACUAACUAAAUUAUGUGUGAGAGGAUUUCGUCUUUACAGGAGUUUCAGCUGACAUAUACAUACUUAGGUGGUCAAUUGUUUUUAUGUGCCCGUUAAAAUUCACAUGGAAUGAAUGUAUAAUUGUAAUUGUUGUAUGCAACUUGGCUGAGGAUUUAAAUGGAAUUCCUAAGAGAAGUUUCUUUCAAUCCCGAUGACAUGUUGCAUUGUAUGUAAUUAAAUAUAUGUAUUAUAUAAUACCAAAAUAAAAAUAUAAAAUUGUUUAAGUGUCAUCUGUCUGUCCAAAAAAAAUAAUAUAUUAAAUGCAUUUUGAACGUUGAA